AUGACUGAGCUUCAAGAAGCAUUAUCGGCUGCUUCAAAAAAUUCAGAUGUUGGAGUUCAAGACCCUCCUGGCUUACCCACAAAUCAAAUGAUUCCGGGAACUGAUUCUUUUAUUAAAGCUCACGUUGGAGCAAGAAAAAUUCGAGCGCGGAAAGCAGAUAUCUUCAUAAUUGCUCAAGGAGAUUCAGAAUUACUUUGGGAGUACAUGAUCAGCCUGGGGUCUUUAAACAUGGAGAAGAAAACAUGUGCAAAUCCUCUAGUUAUAAUCCUACUUGUGUGUAUUUUCCUUCUAGGGACCUCCUUCAACAUAAGUCUUAUUUUCCCAUUUUACACAAUCAAUUCAAUCUUCUCAAUAUUCUCAUCUUGUUUUAUGACAAAUAAUCAAGCUAGUUCAUAUUUUGUUGAAGCAAAAAUCAAGCAAUUAGCUCCAUCUCCUCCUAUUAAUCCUCCCAUCCCGCGAUUCGCUUACUUAAUUUCUGGAUCAAAAGGUGAUCUUGAAAAGCUAUGGAGAAGUCUAAGAGCAUUAUAUCACCCAUGGAAUUACUAUGUUAUUCAUUUGGACUUGGAAUCAUAUGUACAAGAGAGAUUGGAACUUGCUUUAAGAGUGGAAAAAGAUCCAAUUUUUUCCCAAGUUGGAAAUGUGCAUAUGAUUAGUAAAGCAAAUAUGGUGACAUAUAGGGGACCAACUAUGGUUGCUAAUACUCUUCAUGCUUGUGCUAUUCUUCUUGAGAAGCAUAAAGAUUGGGAUUGGUUUAUUAAUCUGAGUGCUUCUGAUUAUCCUCUAGUGACUCAAGAUGAUCUUCUCUUCACAUUUUCCGAUUUGAAAAGAGAGUUGAAUUUCAUUGAGCACACAAGUGAGCUAGGUUGGAAAGAGACAGGAAGGGCAAUGCCACUUAUUAUAGACCCUGGGCUAUAUAAGACCACAAAGUCUGAUAUAUUUUGGGUCACACCAAGGAGAAGUGUUCCCACUGCCUUUAAACUCUUCACUGGUUCAGCUUGGAUGAUCCUUUCACGUGCAUUUGUGGAAUACUGCAUAUGGGGUUGGGAUAAUCUUCCUAGGAACCUACUUCUAUACUACUCAAAUUUUGUGUCCUCUCCAGAAGGCUACUUUCAGACUGUUGUAUGCAAUGCACCAGAAUUCUCUUCAACUGUUAUUAACCAUGACUUACACUAUAUUUCUUGGGAUGUUCCUCCAAAACAACAUCCACAUACUCUUUCCCUAAAUGAUACUGCAAAAAUGGUUGCAAGUGGCGCGGCGUUUGCGCGUAAGUUCAAGCAAGAUGAUCUUGUUUUAGACAAGAUUGAUAUGGAAUUACUUAACAGGAGUAAUGGUAGUUUCACACCUGGUGGUUGGUGUGCUGGAAAUCCUCCUUGUUCUAAAGUUGGAAAUCCAACAAAACUUAGACCAGGUCCAGGGGCUCAAAGGCUUAGGAGACUUAUUGGUAGACUAGUUUUGUCAGCUAAAUUUAGUCAAAACCAGUGUAAAUAG